CUUGCUGUAGACUCUCUGUGUAUCAGAGACAUUCUGCCUUUGUGUUUGUCAGUCAGAUACUCAAUCUCCCCGCUCAUUGGCCCAUAUCCUGCCCUCAAUUUGGGACUUUGCUCGGAAGAUUCGGAAUUUCCUACUUAAACUUCUCUUGCAGCAGCGCAGAUGGAUCGCGACCAAUUCAGGGCCGCUGCGCAUGCGGCGAUCGACGAAAUCAUCGACUACUUCGACGGUCUCCCCUCCCAGCGCGUUGUUCCGACCGUCGAACCAGGUUACCUUCGCCCCUUGAUUCCCGAGGAUCCUCCCGAAGAACCAGAGCAAUGGUCCCAAAUCCAGGCAGAUAUCGAGACGAAAAUCAAGCCCGGAUUGACUCACUGGCAAUCUCCCAACUUCAUGGCCUUCUUUCCGGCCGGUGUGACGUACCCUAGCAUCUUGGCAUGCACCGAAUUGGAGACGAUCGUAAUGGAUUGGAUGGCCAAGGCAUUGGGUCUUCCGGAAUGCUUCUUGAGCAGCUCGGAAAACAAGGGAGGUGGUGUCAUUCAAGUUACUGCUAGUGAUGCAAUCGCAACGGUGAUGAUCGCCGCUCGGGAGAGGAGGGUGCGCGAACAAGCGUUGGCCGAGGGUCUCAAGGACGGAACCGUCGAGUAUGAGGAUCGUGUGAUGGAGUUGAGACCGAGACUUGUGGCACUGGGUAGUAAUCAGGCACAUAGCAGCACCGCGAAAGGCGCACUGCUUGCAGGAACGAGGUAUCGCAGCGUCACUGCACGGCUGGAGGACAAUAUGGAAAUGACUGGUCCACGGGUACGAGAGGUACUUGAGCAGUGCGAUAAGGAUGGGCUCACCCCUUACUACAUCACGCUAGGUAUGGGUACGACCAACACUUGCGCGUUGGAUCGCUUUGCGGAGAUCAAGGCUGUGUUAAAGGAGAAGCCUCAUUGGCAGCGAAUCUGGGUACAUAUCGACGCUGCCUAUGCCGGUGCUGCGCUUGUUGCGGAUGAGUGGCAGUACAUCGCCAAGGACUUUGCGGAAGGUGUUGACAGUUUCGACAUGAAUAUGCACAAGUGGUUGCUUGUAAACUUUGACGCAAGCUGCCUAUAUGUACGAAACCGCUUUGACCUCACAGACGCGCUCGACAUCACUCCUGCUUACUUGCGCAACCCCUACUCCGAGACUGGCCGGGUCAUCGACUACCGCAACUGGUCCAUUUCUCUGGGUCGGCGCUUCCGCGCGCUGAAGAUUUGGUUUGUCAUGCGCAGCUAUGGCCUCAGCGGCAUGAAAGCCUUCAUUCGCAAGACCAUUGGACUCGGUAACAUCUUUGCCGACCUGGUGCGCAGCCGAUCGGAUCUAUUCGAGAUCAUCACCAAACCUGCAUUCUGUUUGACCGUCUUCCGGAUCAAGAGCCCUAAGCUUCGAUCAAAUCCCGAGUCCUCGGUGCCUCAGAUUGACGACGCUUCAAAUGCCAUAACUAAGGAGGUCUACGAGCUCGUCAAUUCCCGGGGUGAGAUUUUCAUCACCUCGUCUGUCAUUGCAGGUGUAUACGCCAUCAGGGUGGUAAGCGCCAACCCUGCAGCCGAGGAGAAGUACCUCCGACGCGCUCGAGUACUAGUGACAGGAGCCACUGGCUUCAUUGGUGCCCAUGUGGUGGACAGCCUGUUGGCUCGAGGUAUUGCCGGUGAGCAGAUGAUAGCUGCUCGGCCGGAACAUGCCUCCAAGCUUGAGUUGGUUCAAAUCGAGGAUUUUUCCAAACUGGGGGUGUUCGACCAUGUGAUGGAAGGGGUCGACGCGGUCAUUCACGUUGCCAGCCCAUUCACAUAUAACACCACAAACAACGAGCAGGAGCUCAUCCUCCCCGCCAUCAAUGGCGUCAAAUCAAUCCUCGCCGCUUCCGCCAAGCCGGGAAGCAGAGUCAAACGAGUGGUAUUGACGUCCUCGUUCGCCUCCGUCAUUGACAUAUCCAAGAAUCCAGGGCCGGACUUCACCUACACCGGCGCCCACUGGAACCCAAUCACUUACGGAGAAAGCGUCGACCCUGCCACCAGCGCCGUAAUAGCAUACCGAGGCUCCAAGAAGUUCGCCGAGCUCGAAGCCUGGAACUUCAUCGAAAGAGAGAAGCCUGCUUUCGACCUCGUCACCUUCUGUCCGCCAAUGGUAUUCGGGCCGAUCGUACAUCCCGUAGCUAGCAUUGCGCAGCUGAAUGAAUCCAACGCUGUUUUGUGGAGCGUCGCCGCCGGCGCUGAUCCGCUUCCUGCCGCGAGAGUCACUGCCUGGAUCGACGUGAGAGAUCUCGCGGAAGCGCACGUCCAGGCAUUAUUGACACCGGAAGCUGGCGGGAAGAGAUACGUCCCUGCGUCCGGGGAGCCGUUUUGCUACGAAUAUGCGGCGGAUAUCAUCAAGGAGAAGUUUGAUUGGGCGCGUGAAACAGUGACGACGAACUACGAGGUCGGGAAGAGGCCCGGGCCGACGUACAAGCUGGACGGGGAAGCAGUGACUAGAGAGCUGGGAGUGAAAUAUCGCAGCUUUGAGCAGACGGUCGAAGAGCUCGUCAGACAGGUCAAGGAGACAAUGGCAUAG